UCCCCGCCAGAGACUGGGACGCGCGGAGACUGAGGUGCCCGGCAGAGCGCGAUGGCCUCGUGGGGCGAGCGGCUGGCGGGCGUGCGCGGGGUGCUGCUCGACAUCUCGGGCGUGCUGUACGAUGGCAGUGAGGACGGCGGCGUGCCGAUCCCUGGCUCCGUGGAGGCGGUAGCGAGACUGAAGCGGUCACAGCUGAAGGUGAGGUUCUGCACCAACGACUCGCAGAAAUCCCGGGGAGACCUGGUGGGGCUGCUUCGGCGCCACGGCUUCGACAUCUCCGAGAGCGAGGUGACUGCCCCCGCCCCAGCCGCCUCUCUGAUCCUGAAGGAGCGAGGCCUGCGGCCACACCUGCUUGUCCAGGAUGGAGUCCUCUCAGAAUUUGAUCAGAUUGACACCUCCAACCCCAACUGCGUGGUCAUUGCAGAUGCUGGAGAAAGCUUUUCUUACCAAAACAUGAAUAAGGCUUUCCGGGUGCUCAUGGAGCUGGAAAGUCCUGUGCUCAUCUCUCUGGGAAAAGGACGCUACUACAAGGAGACCUCGGGCCUGAUGCUGGACGUUGGUGCCUACAUGAAGGCGCUCGAGUACGCCUGUGGAAUCAAGGCCGAAGUGGUGGGGAAACCUUCUCCUGAGUAUUUCCAGUCGGCCCUGAAGGAGAUGGGGGUGGAAGCCCACGAGGCCAUCAUGAUCGGAGACGAUAUCGUGGGAGAUGUUGGCGGUGCCCAGCAGUGCGGAAUGAGGGCCCUGCAGGUGCGGACGGGAAAGUUCAGGACCAAGGCCUUAUCCCAGGAGUAUGAGACCACCAUGGGAUUGCGCCUGACCUCAGGGAGUCCACCGUCUGGAGGGGCACCCCACAGGCCCAGUGAUGAGCGGCAUCCGGACGUGAAGGCUGAUGGAUACGUGGACAACCUGGCAGAGGCCGUGGACCUGCUUCUGCAGCACGCGGACAAGUGACGAGCCUCAUAGGGCGGCCCCCGCCUGGCGCCACCCCUCCCCUGGGCCCCAGGGUGCAGGCCAGGCUUGCUUCCCCCAGCCUCCCCUGGAGCUGCUCCUCCGGGGACGGCCUGCUGCCCCAGCCACCCCCCAACCCGGUGAAGUCAGACAGUGGGACAGACCGUCUGGGUGUCUCCAGACAAGGAGAACCCUUGUCUCCGCGAACGCUCUCUAGCCGCACCCAGUCCUAUGAGUGUCCCAGCUGACUGGUCUGAGGGACCUUGACUCCCUGGCCCUCUGGGCGGGGGCUUCCUGCACCUUCCAUGCAGCCUGGGACUGAAGCAGCCUCCCUGGGAUGGCCCAGCAUCCCCCGCUGGCCUCCUAGCCCCCACCCUGAGUCCGAGUGGCCCCUUGGCACCCCUUCCCCCUCCUACCCCAAAAGGCACCUUGGAGCCCAAGGCUGGGGCAGCUCCCCGGGGACCCCGAAGACUGCCGUCCUACAAUCAAGAACUGUAGCCGCGUGGGUCAAGGCUGUGGGCCCAGAGGGUGGUCCAGGGCCCUAACUCGGUAGACGUGCAUGUGUCUUGCCCAGCGUCUGCCGGGGCAUCUACUGGUCAACUAAAUAAACUGUCCUGACCCGA